AUGAACGUGCAAGAUAGAAGAAGAUUACUAGGUCCAGGAAAUGCGAAACCAAUUGCAUUCGCAAGUAGUCUUGAACCAGAAACAGAACCGUUAAAAGCAGAAGAAGUAGCCAAAAAGGAUGGAAUACCAUCGCUGUCAAUCAAAUCCGACAUAAUAGAAAAUUGUAACGGCUCCACAUUAAUAGAAUCGGAUGAAUUUUCUAUUGUAACAUCUGUAUAUGGACCGAAGUCUAUCCGUGGGUCAUUUACAUCUCAAGGAACAAUUUCUAUUCAAUUAAAAAAUGGUAUAGUGGAGAAAUAUCAAACAAACGAAUUGAAGGAAGUAGCUUCAUGGCUAGUUGGGAUAUUUAAUUCUGUGGUGAAUCUAGAAAAGUAUCCAAAAUCAGGUAUAGAUAUAUUUGUUAAUUUAGUUAUCGAUAAGACUAAUGACAUUAGUAAAUUAAUUCCUUUCAUUGUUAUGUCUACCUGUCUAGCAUUGGUUGAUAGUGGAAUUGAAAUGAUUGAUUUAACUACAGCUGCAGAAAUUGAUGGGAAUGUUAUCUCAUUUACUAAGGGUGGUGAAGAAAUAGUUGGAUUCUGGAAAGACAACGGUGAUGCCGUUUUCAAUGAUGAAGAUUUUACAAGUAUUCUAGGACGUUGUAAGGAACAGUACAUAAAUUAUAAGAGUUUAAUGGUCAACUAUCUUUUACAAGGAAAGAAGAAGUAG